GUCCAGAAGAGGGCAGUGUGUGCAACAAUAAGGAAACAAAACAAAGAAGAAGAAGAAGGAGACAUAAAGCUCCAUUAUUAGUAGUGUUAGUUUAAGUUGAAGUAUUAAACGCUGUCACAUGGAUCGCCUGGCAUCUUUUGGAAAUGAUCCGUUUGACAAACCACCGUGCAGAGGCUGCUCGUCUUACCUCACAGAGCCGUACAUCAAGUGUGCAGAGUGUGGACCCUCACCUUUUCUGCUCUGCCUCCAGUGUUUCACCAGAGGAUUUGAGUACAAGAAGCAUGAGAGUGAUCACAAGUAUGAAAUCAUGACGUCUGACUUCCCCGUCCUGGAGCCUGGGUGGACAGCGCAGGAGGAGAUGUCUCUGUUGGAGGCAGUCAUGGACUGUGGCUUCGGAAACUGGCAGGACGUGGCUUAUCAGAUGCGCACCAAAACCAAAGAGGAAUGUGAGAGCCACUACAUGAAGAAUUUCAUCAAUAACCCGCUCUUCUCCUCCACCUUGCUCAGCCUCCGGAAAACAAAAGACUCUCGCUUUGCAGAGGGCGCUAUUCCUUUCAAACCCACCGAUGACCCUCCUCGGCCCACGUUUGACUCUGUGCUGUCUCGAGAUAUGGCCGGAUACAUGCCUGCCAGAGCAGACUUCAUGGAGGAGUUUGACAACUAUGCAGAAUGGGAUCUGAAAGACAUCGACUUUGUGGACGAUGACUCAGACAUUCUGCGCGCUCUCAAGCUCUCCGUUGUGGAUAUAUAUCACUCAAGAUUAAAGGAGAGACAGCGGAGGAAAAAGGUUAUCCGAGACCACGGACUGAUCAACCUGCGCAAAUUCCAGAUGCUCGAGCGAUGCUACCCAAAGGAGGUGCAGGAGCUGUAUGAUGUCAUGAGACGAUUUGCCAGACUGGUUGGACCGAUCGAACACGACAAAUUCAUCGAAAGUCACGCACUGGAGUUUGAGCUGAGGAGAGAGAUCCGCCGGCUGCAGGAGUACAGGAAAGCAGGGAUCAAGUCUUUCUGCAGUGCCAAGGUGUAUGAGCGGGUGAAGCGAAUGAGGGAAGACGAGCGGAGGAAGCGGACCAUGUUGUGCGACGUGCUGCAGUACAUCCAGGACGGCAGAGCCUGCCAGCAGUGGCUCAGUAAACAGGCUGCAAUAGAUGCGGGCAUCACUCCAGCUGUCACAACAAUCACAGUGUCAGCAACAGGUAGGCGGAGCGCCCCUCCUCUCAACCUGACUGGGCUGCCGGGAACGGAGAAACUCAACGAGCGAGAGAAAGAGUUAUGCCAGGUGGUGCGGCUGGUGCCAGGAGCCUACCUGGAAUAUAAACAGGCCUUGCUGAACGAGUGCAGACGGCAGGGCGGUCUGCGGCUCGCACAGGCCAGAGCGCUGAUCAAGAUCGACGUCAACAAGACGCGUAAAAUCUAUGAUUUCCUCAUCAAAGAGGGCUACAUCACUAAGGCUUAAAGCGUUUGAUUGUGGUUAGUUUUCCUUCGUAAUCAUGUCACUUCGUAAAGCCUGUGUUUUGUAAGAGGUUCAUAUCGUCGCUGCUCCUUUCAAGUUUUGUAACAUUUGUAAUGUCUAGUUGUGUUUGAGUCUAAAAUGUAUUAAAAUGACAAAUCUUUGUAUAACUCUAUGUCAGAUGAACAGGGGCUCAUCAAGAAAUAAGGAUGUAUUUAUUUCUCCUGUCAUAAAAUGUUUCUGAAAAAAC